UUCCAUUAAUUAUUCCAAUUUGGUUUUUCUUCAUUGAACCAGCAGAGGGUAGAACAGUCAUUUCACCAUUAGAUGGAAGCACCUUUGUUUUUCUCUCUCUAAUAACUACAAGACAUGUCCCUUUCUUUUCAUCAUUAAAAUAAAUUCUCAAGGAUCAGAAUUUUCAUGUAAAAAAAAGGUGCAGGAGCAGAGUUCCUGGAUGAUAUGAUUCUUGAUUGGGGGGUGUUUGGAAUUCACAAUCAGAGCGUCUUUCUUGAAAAUAUAGUUUGUUUACUUUUCCUGCUCAGUAUUUUUACUUAUUACUUUUGUUGGGAAUUUGGGACAUCAUUAUUUCAUGUGUCAGCUCAAGGGAGAAUAAUUAAUUGGUUGUCAUAUGAAAAUUUGGGUGUUUCAAUUGCUUUAUGAAGUCAAAGCUUGGAUCUUUUUCUCUUGUCAAUGGUCAUUCUUGAAAUGAGUUAUUGAUGAAGGAAAGCAGUUUGAUGAGGGUUUUGUUCUGCAAAAUCCAUUGUCCGUUUAUUUGUUUCUGUAAACCCUCUGCUGCUCAUCUUUACACUCCAGGCCCAUUGAAAUUGCAAAGUACCCAACAUGUUGUUUCUCUUCCUCAUCAACAAUCCGAGCUCAAAGAAGAGAGUCUAGAACCUUCUGGAAAUGGAAAUGGAAAUGGUCUUAAAAGCUGUAUUAGGAAAGGUCCUCUUGUUGGACCUAAGAGAGUUCAAUGGAUGGAUAACAUAGGAAAAGAACUUGUUGAGAUCAAGGAGUUUGAAUCCAGUGAAACUGGAGAUACUGACACUGAAGAGGAGACAAGACAUUGUCUAUGCAUUAUUCUUUGAACCAGCUUCUACUUCCAAGUGGCAGCAGGGAAAUUUCCUUUGAGCUUGUUGUUACUCAAAUCCAAGUAAUCAAGACUUGUUUGUCAAGAAAUCCAUCCUGGGAUCUGUCCUACAACACCACUAGACUGAAGGGAUAGUCCAGAUAAUACAUUGAGGCACUAUCUUGGCAUUGUUGUUCCAUUUGUAUGCAUUUUUUCCAAGAAACAGAUUUUUCAGAGCCUUCAUGUUGAAGACCAAGAUGGAAUUCACCACUAUGCAUAUUUUUAUCCAACUUAAGAGUCUCCAACUUGGUAAUGUUCUGUAUUGAACUUGGACUAACACCAGUCAGCUUGUUCUUGCUCAAGGCCAAAGUAGAGAUUUGACAAGCUCCCAGUCUCGGUUAGAAUCUGCCGUGAAGCAGAUUUUCCUUUAAAUCAAACACUUGCAAUCCCUUCAAGUUCAAUACUGAAAGUGGGAU